AUGACGCGAGCUCAGGAGUCACUCGCGCACCGUGGCUCUACUGCCCCGUCCUCAGGCGACAACCGGCAUUCACGACAGCUUGAUGGUGCCCCCUCUCCAGUGGCUUCGUGUGAGGAGAUAUCAGUCCCAACCGAACGAACACCAUUGUUGCAAAGUCAUGCUGGAGAUGGCGAGCUUGGCCCACCCCGUGCGUCAAACGGAAAGUCCAACACCUAUGUCUCUAGUACCGCUAUUGAGGCUAGUGAUGAUGAUGAUAAUGAUGCCUCAGGGGAUCGGCAGUUCAUGAGCGAGACAGAUUAUAAGCGCUUCAUAGCUAUAUUCCUGGUCCUCAUGCUCACGCAUUUCAUAGCCUGUUUUGAUGGCACCAUCAUGGCAUCUAGCCAUCCUGUGAUUACCUCCUAUUUCAAGUCCUCAAAUAGCGCAUCUUGGCUGUCCACCGCAUUUCUUCUUACUAGCUCAGCCUUCCAGCCUGUGGUUGGGAGACUGUCAGAUGCAGUUGGUAGAAAGCCCAUCUUUGUGGGAGGGUUGAGUAUAUUCACCUUCGCAACGAUAUGGUGCGCCCUGGCCCAAAGCAUGUUGAGUUUUAUCUUUGCGAGGGCUGCUUGCGGUCUGGGGGCUGGCAGCAUGAUGUCCAUGGUCAGCAUCAUGAUGAGCGAUUUGGUCCCUAUAGAGCGACGAGGAAUAUACCAAAGCUAUGUCAACAUCACAUACGGAAUAGCUUCAUCUUCCGGUGCAGCCAUGGGUGGGUUCAUGGCGGACACCUUGGGAUGGCGCUGGGAGUUUGGCAUCCAGGUCUUUCCCUUGAUCAUAUGUCUGUCUAUUGCUAUGUUCAUUAUUCCUAGCGAUCUUGGGCUACAGAGCAAGGGCAUUUCCGUCGCACAGGCAAUGUCAUCAUUUGACUUUGUGGGCUCGUUUUUAUUGACAACAUCCACAACAUUCUUGAUUCUGGGAUUGACCGUCGGUGGCAAUAUAUUGCCAUGGUCACAUCCCCUUACGGUGUCCUCUCUCGUCAUCUUCGGCAUAUGCUUCCCGGUCUGUCUCUGGGUCGAGAGUAGGGCCAAGCUUCCGGUCAUGCCGUUGAAUCUCUUACACAGCAGGCCUCGAGCUAACAUCAUAUUUUCCAACUUCGUGGCCGCCUUUCUCAUGAACGCAAUACUCUUCAACGCCCCCUUAUACUUCCAAGCUGUGCUGUUGACCUCUGCGACAACAUCUGGCCUGUAUCUCGUGGUGCCGACUGCAGUUGCUUCCCUGACUGGGACCGCCACCGGGUUUCUCGUCACAUACACUCGCCGUUUGAAAUGGCCUAUCAUGAGCGGGACAAUCUGCUAUCUUCUUGGAACAUCUUUGAUGUGCUGUAUGCACCGUGGCCUGCCCAGUGUAGUCUAUCUUCUUCUUCUCUUCCCCUGCUCAGCAGGGCAAGGUUUCCAGUUUCCCGGUUCAUUCAUUGCCGUUCUCGCAGCCUCAGCACAAGAGGAACAGGCUGUGGUUUCCUCCACACUGAUGCUUUGGAGAUCCCUCGGGUCAGUUCUUGGUAUUGGCGCCACAUCGCUCAUAGUACAAAACUCGCUUCUGAGCUUCCUUCAUCAAUACAUUACGGUGAAUCCUGCUGAAGGUAGAGACGAAGUGUGGAAAGCUGCAAUCAUCGAGCGUGUUCGAGGAUCAAUCGAAUCUGUGGCCAAACUCGACAAAGAAAUAGUUGGCACCGCUGGAAAGAUUGUCAAGGAGCAAGUUAUCCAAAGCUAUGCAGACGCGAUACGAAUCACAUUCCUGUGUUGCGUAGGGCUUGCCGUAGUGAAUUUCUUUUUGAUCGCCCCUAUUAAACUUCCUAGACUUGGUUCGAAGAAGUAG